AGAGGUUACAGAGAGAAAGAGAUAUUUGGAGAGAGAAAGAGAAAGAGCGCGCGACGUCGUUUUCGUUUACUUGAGUUUUUAUUUUGGUGCCAAAUAUUUUAGAUUUUCCCUCUUCUUUCAAAUUUUUUCUCUUCAUUUUUAAACCUUUUCAUCUUCCCUCUUCUUUUUCUUCUUCACAAAACCCUUUUCCGAUAACAAUUUUGCCAUUUUUAUUUUCUUCUCUUAAUUUUAAAUCUCCAUUUUCUCUCAAAAAUCUCACGUUUUCGAAACUCUACGAUUCUCGUACUCUGAAUCAAGUAGUUUAUUUUUUAAAAUUUUUUUAAAGGUUUUUUUUACAGUUGUUUUGAAACCCUAAUUUGAAAGUUUGAUUCAAAAAUCAAUGUCUUGUUCAAAUUCUCUUUCAAUGGCAAAUUCACUUUCUGAAACCCUUGACGGUGAUGGACUGAGUUCUAUGUUGACUGAUCUCGACGGAGCUUCCGUUCAAUCUCCUGCUCCAGUGAACUCUUCUGAGCCGUCAACCAACGACACGCUUUUGGAUUCACUUUUUGACAUCCAUCCCAGGGAUGAGGAUCUCGAUCAUCCAGCCUCUUAUGAGAUAAUCAAUGGCGAAUCGGCAUCUGUUUGGUCGGAGGCGUUGGAUCCUGACUGUCAACCUCUGGAUUCGGCGGUGGCUUGUGAUGUGCUGCUGGAAGAAUUGUUGCCAGAGGAUCAUCUCGAUGAUAGUUGGUUGUAUGGUGACGAACCCUCAAAGGAUGAACUUUAUGCUUCUGAUUCUAAAGCUGCACCAUCGAUGAUUGGAGCUGGGCUUGCAAAUCUUGGGAACACUUGCUUUCUCAACUCAAUUACGCAAUGCUUCACGCAUACAGUGCCCCUAGUUGACGGUCUUCUUUCAUGCAGCCAUUCUUCUGAUGGUCAUAAUGGGUACUGUGUUAUUUGUGCUUUUCGCUGCCAUAUGCAACAUUCCUUGCAGUCUACUGAAACUGUUAUCUCACCUGUGAUACUUGUGGAUAAUUUGAGACAUUUUUCUUCUAUGUUUACAAGACAUCAACAAGAGGAUGCACAUGAAUUUAUGCAGUGUGCAUUGGAUAAGCUUGAUUCAUGUUUUUUAAGUUUGAAGAAGAAUGAUCCAAGUUUUGAGGGUGAGAAUAUUGUAAACAAAGUUUUUGGAGGAAGUCUGGUUAGCAAGCUCCGAUGUUGUACCUGUGGCCGCUCUUCUGACACGAAGGAGCCAUUGAUUGACUUGAGUUUAGAAAUAGAAAAUGUAGAUUCUCUGUCAAAUGCUUUAGAAUCUUUCACUAUGGUGGAAAACAUUGAUGAAAAGCUUAAAUGUGAGGGCUGCAAUGAAGAAGUUUCUAUGGAGAAACAGCUUAUGUUGAAUCAGACACCUUCUAUUGCUGCAUUCCAUUUAAAGAGGUUCAAGGCAGAUGGGGUUUUUGUUGAAAAGAUCGACAAGCAUAUCGAUUUCCCAUUGGAGUUGGACUUGCAGCCUUACACCAUUUUGAAUGAAAUCAAUAAUGUACCAUUGAAAUAUGAUCUAUAUGCAGUUGUUGUGCAUAUUGGAUUUUCAUCUAACUCGGGGCAUUAUUUCUGCUUUGUUCGCACUGCUCCAGACACAUGGCAUAAGUUAGAUGAUUCAAAGGUUACUAAGGUAUCAGAAAAGACUGUGCUGUCUCAGGAAGCAUACAUAUUAUUUUAUGCCCGACAGGAUACUCCUUGGUUUUCAGAGUUUGCAGAAUCUACAAUUCCAUCCCUGGAUUUGGGUAGGAUGAAUACAUCUCCCAAGUCUGUUUUAGACAUCACUGAUGGCCAGGAUAAGUCAUUUCCUAUUUUAAAUGAAAAUGUUGAGAUAAAUGAGGCUGAGUACUCCAAAAAAAUUUCUGAAAAGAAGUUUGAUUAUUCUAGUCGACAAAGUCGUGAGUUGCUUAAAAUUGAUGAUGUUAUUGAUGCUUCUCCUCGCCGUGAACAAUUUUCUGCUGGGCCUUCAAAUCAGAAAACUCUUAAUGUGAAAGGAUUGGAAGAUAUCAACUCCAAAGUUCUACCUUUGAAUAGUGCCAGCUUGACUGGUACUGCAAAGGCUGGUGGGAGUUCAUAUGCUAAUAACAGUGCUCAUGAUAAAAACAAAUCUCAUCAGAGUGUUAUGGAUUUCAUAGAGAAUGAUAUUUUCAAUUCUAUUACUCCUCCCAACACACCCCCUUCUCAGACUCCCGGUAAGAGUUUCCAGAUCUCACGCGAACAUGUCAAGACAGAGAAUCAUGGGAGCAGUAGCAGUAAAAGAUCAUCAUCAAAUAAGUCAAAUAAAUCAUCCGAUAGUCCUGGAAAAAAAGCUGCCAUCACUUAUCUUAAGAAGAUGCCUGUUUCAAGGAGAGGUGCAUUUUUGGACUUAGUUAAUGCUUGUCAUAACAAAACUUCUCCAGAGAACAAGAGAAAAAACACCGAUUCAUCGCCGUCUGACAAAGGAAACAACAGUGCUCGAAAGAAAUCAAACCAUGCUUCUAUUGGUGGCUACCCUGUGGCAGCCGGAAUUUCACAUUAAAUAGUCUUUGGCUUUAGGCAUUUGGCUGUGUACUUGAUUUUUUAUUGUGAAAAUACCUUUAUCUGUGGUCUUUUUGUUAAAAGUUUGUCAACAACACCUUCGCCAAAUUGUAUAGUCACAGCACGACACCCCCUUGUUCCAGUUUGCAUGAGUAGAACAUAUACAUAGAGUAAUUGUGGACCAGGAUGUAUUAGUAUAUUAGAAACGACAGUAUUGGUGAUGAGAAAUAAUACAAGAAUGAUUUAAGGCA